CUCUCCAAAGCUUCACUUGGCAGCUUGGCACGUCUUAAGUUUGCCUCCCUUUCGGUUGUCUGGGAUGCGAGGAGGAAAUUUAAAGGUCCCCCAAAACAUUUGGAGGCUUUCCCGGGGUGUUUUCCUUGCCGGUGCGUGCGUGCUCCUUUCUUCUUACUGGAUGGAGAGGUACAGAGGCCGGGUGGGCAGGUCGACUUGCACUCUCUGAGGAUUGUCCAAACAAACCAGGAAUUCUUCACCCUCCUCCCCAUGCCCUGCCCUGCAACACACGACAAACAUUCCCAACAAGUUUGAAGAAGCAGACUAGAAAAUUCUGAGGGAUUCUAUGUCUUUGAAAUAUGUCAGUAAUUUAUCUAAUUGCCCAACGACCACUGAUGAAGAUAGGUUGGAGUAACUGCUGAAACUGAAUUUUAUUGACCAGAAGACAGUCCAUUUGUUUCACUUCUUUUUGUUUUCCCUACUGCUUUGAGCUUUACUGUAAGGGCUGAAAAACUUGGAAAAUAAAAUGAACAUGCUGUGGUCUUGAACUUUUUUUUUUUUUUGAGGAAAAAUUAAAGUGCCAGAGUGAAAGCCAGAAUGGCAUCCAGAGAGAGACUCUUUGAACUUUGGAUGCUUUAUUGUGCGAAGAAAGAUCCAGAUUACCUGAAGCUGUGGUUGGACAAUUUUGUUUCUAGCUAUGAACAAUUCUUAGAUGUUGACUUUGAAAAGCUGCCUACCAGGGUAGAUGAUGUGCCUCCAGGAAUAUCUCUGCUUCCUGAUAAUAUUCUGCAGGUUCUGAGGACCCAGCUUCUACAGUGUGUUCAGAAAAUGGCAGAUGGGUUAGAGGAAGAACAACAAGCCUUGUCAAUUUUGCUUGUCAAGUUCUUCAUUAUUCUUUGCAGAAAUCUAUCUAAUGUAGAAGAAAUUGGGACUUGCUCGUAUAUCAAUCAUGUUAUCACUAUGACAACACUCUAUAUUCAACAAUUAAAAAGCAAAAAAAAAGAGAAGGAAUUGGCAGAUCAGACAUCUAUCGAAGAAUUUGUGAUCCAUGCGUUGGCAUUUUGUGAAAGUUUAUAUGACCCAUAUCGGAAUUGGAGGCAUAGAAUUUCAGGACGAAUCCUUAGUACUGUGGAAAAGAGCAGACAGAAAUAUAAACCAGCUUCUCUCACAGUGGAGUUUGUCCCUUUCUUUUAUCAAUGUUUUCAAGAAAGUGAGCAUCUCAAGGAAAGUCUUAAGUGUUGCUUAUUGCAUCUCUUUGGAGCCAUUGUAGCUGGUGGGCAGAGGAAUGCUUUGCAAGCAAUUUCUCCAGCCACCAUGGAGGUUCUCAUGAGAGUUUUGGCCGAUUGCGAUUCUUGGGAGGACGGAAAUCCUGAAGAAGUGGGUAGGAAGGUAGAACUUACUCUGAAGUGCCUUACAGAGGUGGUACAUAUCCUUCUCACUAGCAGCUCUGAUCAGCGUCAAGUGGAAACCAGCACUAUUUUGGAGAACUAUUUUAAAUUGCUAAAUUCAGAUCAUUCAGCUUUACCUAACCAAAGGAGGUCCAGACUGUGGGAAAGCCGGUUCAUAGCUCUACAGAUCAAAAUGCUGAAUACCAUUACAGCCAUGUUAGACUGCAGAGAUAGGCCUGUUCUUCAGGCUAUUUUUCUUAACAGUAAUUGCUUUGAACAUCUCAUACGACUGCUACAGAACUGCAAGGUGUUUCAGGCACAGUUGGAUUGUUUGGCUGUAUCAACCAUUCAGGCUUUGACAGCAGUAAUGAACAAAUCUCCAGCUGCUAAGGAAGUAUUUAAAGAAAGAAUUGGUUAUACACAUAUGUUUGAAGUAUUAAAAUCACUGGGUCAGCCACCACUGGAACUACUUAAAGAGCUUAUGAAUAUGGCUGUAGAGGGUGAUCACACUUCAGUUGGAAUUUUGGGCAUUAGUAAUGUCCAGCCUCUCUUGCUUCUUAUCCAGUGGCUUCCAGAGCUAGAAUCCCAUGACCUGCAAAUCUUCAUCUCUGAUUGGCUGAAAAGAAUUUGUUGUAUUAACAGGCAGAGUCGAACUACUUGUGUCAAUGCAAACAUGGGAAUUAGAAUCAUUGAAACCCUUAAUUCCCAUUCUUCCCUCCAUCGAACUUGUGCUGAGAACUUGAUUGCGCUCCAUGGUUCAUUGGGGAGUCAGUCAGUGAGCUCAGAAGAAAUCUGUCAACUACUACGAUUGUUGAGAGUGGGUGAAUCUGAGUACAUUCACCCCUAUACCACUCUUGUAACUCGAGCAAUCCUGACAAUGGCCCGAAAACAAAGUCUAGAGAGCGCACUGCAGUAUUUUAAUUUGUCACAUAGUAUGGCAGGAAUUUCUGUGCCUUCCAUACAGAAAUGGCCAGGGUCUGCCUUUUCUUUCAAUGCUUGGUUUUGCUUAGAUCAGGAUCAGUGGACUCUUGGCAAUGCUAACAAAGGAGGAAAAAGAAAACAAUUGUACAGCUUUUUUACAGGAAGUGGCAUGGGGUUUGAAGCUUUUAUUACCCAUUCAGGUAUGUUGGUUGUGGCAGUGUGCACGAAAAGAGAAUAUGCAACAGUUAUGCUUCCUGACCACAGUUUCUGUGAUUCCCUCUGGCACAACAUAACCAUUGUUCACAUGCCUGGGAAAAGGCCCUUUGGUCAGAGCCUUGUAUAUAUCUAUGACAAUGGACAGCAGAAGGUCUCUGCCCCUCUGAGAUUUCCUGCCACGAAUGAACCUUUUAUUUCUUGCUGCAUUGGUUCAGCUGGGCAAAGAACCACCACUCCUCCACCAUCCCAAAUCCCAGAUCCACCUUUUUCUUCUCCCGUUACCCCUCAUCGAACAUCAUUUGGUGGAAUUUUGUCAUCAGCUUCCUGGGGAGGAACAAUGGAAAAAUCAAAGUUGAUUACCAAAUUGAUAUCAGCUGGAACACAAGAUAGUGAAUGGGGGUGUCCCACAUCUCUGGAGGGUCAGCUGGGGUCUGUUAUCAUCUUCUAUGAAGCACUGCAGCCUCUUCAGGUGAAGGCAUUAUAUUUAGCAGGUCCAAACUGUUUAAGCCCUUGGAAAUUUCAAGAGUCUGACAUGGCUGACCUGCCUGGUAACAUCCUUCUUCACUACACUGCAAAGGCCUGCAAAAAUUCAAUCUGUCUUGAUUUAUCUACUAAUUGUUUGCAUGGAAGGUUAACAGGAAACAAAGUGGUAAACUGGGACAUUAAGGACAGCAUAAACUGCAUAGGUGGAGUAAAUGUACUCUUUCCUCUAAUGGAACAAAUCAGCCACUUUGGUGAAGGACAGAUUCCUGAGGGAUUGAAUGAAAGCACAGUUCCUGAAUUGAUAACACCUGUAGAAGGAGAUUGGGUGGUAUUGAACUCCACAAAGGCAUCAGAGUCAAGACUAGAGAGGAAUUUAAUUGCAACAUUUAUCUUGAUUGUGAAACACUUUAUUCAAAGACAUCCUAUUAACCAGGACAAUCUUAUUCACUCCCAUGGAGUUGCCAUUCUUGGUGCCUUACUUCAGAAGGUGCCAAGCACCUUGAUGGAUGUUAAUGUAUUGAUGGCAAUUCAAUUACUCAUUGAGCAAGUAUCAUUAGAGAAAAAUAUGCAACUCCUGCAACAAAUGUAUCAGUAUUUACUCUUUGACUUCCGUAUUUGGAACCGUGGAGAUUUUCCCUUUCGAAUUGGUCACAUACAGUAUCUUUCCACCAUCAUCAAGGACAGCAGGAGAGUUUUCCGAAAGAAGUAUGGUGUACAGUUUCUCCUAGAUACACUUAGGAUUUAUUAUGGGAGUGAUUGUAAAUAUAGUGAGUUGUCUCUAGAUGAUAUUCGAACAAUAAGGACUUCUUUGUAUGGACUAAUUAAAUAUUUUCUGUGCAAAGGCGGAACUCAUGAAGAGAUACAAAGUAUUAUGGGUUAUGUAUCUGCUAUCAAUGAAGAAGAACAGCUUUUUGGAAUUUUGGACAUACUCUUCAGUCUCCUACGUACCAGCCCAACUAGAGGUCAACUUUUCUUACUGCUGUUUGAACCAGGAAAUGCUGACAUACUUUAUGCCUUGCUCUUAAAUCAGAAAUACUCUGACAGACUAAGAGAAAUCAUUUUUAAGGUUAUGGAACAGAUGUUGAAAUGCACGAACGUUUAUGAACGAAGUAAACAACGUAUUCGACUUAGAGAAGUUGGCUACUCAGGAUUAGGGCUCCUUCUUAAUGAAGCACCUGUUAAUACUUCUCUCAUUAAAAGUCUCACCAAUCAAAUUAUAAAUACAGAUCCUGCUGUUAAUUUCAAAGAUCUGUUAUCUGUGGUAUAUAUAUCUCACAGAGCACGUAUAAAUGUCAGGGUGGUCAUCUGCAGAAAGAUUUUACAUAUUUUACAGUCCCAGCCAGAUGCAGCACAUCAAAUAUCUCAACAAGUGGGUUGGCAAGACACUUUAGUUAGGCUUUUUUUAAAAGCAAAUUUUGAAAAUGGAAAUACUCUUCAUAAGCACAGUAGGGCUGUUGUAAUGAAAGACAAUGAUAAAAAUAUAUCAGCUGAAGAUAUGAAGAGGAACUCUGAUGAAAAGACAGAUGAGGAAAAAAUCAGCUCUUUUUCCUCAGCUCAUGUGUCUUCAGAUCAGUGGAGUUUGGAGGAUAGACACUCCCUAGACUCGAACACACCAUUAUUUCAAGAAGAUAGCUUGAUGGGAGAAUUAUCUUUCAAAUCAGAGAAUCGAGGCGAAUUCUGGCAUAAUAACCCUUCACAUUUGAGUUUAGAUCUCAGUGGAAUUGAUUCAUGUGAACUGAGUGAUAGUGGAAGUCAAAUGCCAGACAGCUUGCCUAGCACGCCAUCCCCGAUAGAGUCCACUAAGUCAUUUUCUGUGCAGUCUGACAAAGAAAGCAGCAUCACAAAUGAUGCGGGCUUUAGUGAUGACUUCUCUUUACUUGAAAACCAAGAGAGAUGUGAGGAAGAGCUUAUUCAAUUACUGACAAAUAUUUUGAACUGUGUAAUGUGUAAGGGACUAGAAAAGUCUGAUGACGAUACUUGGAUUGAACGGGGACAAGUGUUUUCGGCACUAACUAAACCAGGAAUAUCCAGUGAGCUACUUCGACCAUCAGAUGAAAUAAAACUAAUUUUGCUACAGAAGAUGUUAGAAUGGGCAGUCACAGAAAACAGAGAAGCAAAAUUUAAUCCAGUAACUGCUGAAAAUGCUUUCCGACUCAUGCUGAUCGUACAGGACUUUCUGCAGUCAGAGGGACUAGUUAAUUCAAACAUGUGGACUGAGAAGCUUUUAGAGGAUAUGAUGCUGCUCUUCGACAGUCUGUCAGUUUGGUAUUCUGAAAGUCCAGUAUGGGUGAAACUCUCUCAGAUUCAAAUCCAGAUGCUUCUAGGCUUCAUUGGAAGGGGUAAUUUGCAGGUUUGUGCAGUGGCAUCAGCUAAGCUAAACACCCUUCUUCAGACCAAGGUGAUUGAAAAUCAGGAUGAAGCAUGUUACAUUUUAGGGAAGCUGGAACAUGUUCUAAGUCAAUCAAUCAAGGAACAGACUGAAAUAUACUCAUUUCUGAUUCCGCUUGUCCGUACCCUUGUUUCCAAAAUUUAUGAGCUUCUCUUCAUGAACCUGCAUCUGCCUUCUUUACCUUUUACCAAUGGAAGCUCUUCAUUUUUCGAAGAUUUUCAAGAAUAUUGCAGUUCAAAUGAAUGGCAGGUUUACAUUGAAAAAUAUAUUGUACCUUAUAUGAAGCAGUAUGAAACCCAUGCAUUUUAUGAUGGUCAUGAGAGCAUGGCACUUUAUUGGAAGGAUUGUUAUGAAGCCUUAAUGGUGAAUAUGCAUAAACGAGACCGGGAAGGGGGAGAGAGCAAGCUCAAGUUUCAGGAGUUUUUUGUGGAGCCAUUUAAUCGAAAAGCACGCCAAGAGAACUUGAGGUAUAAUAAUAUGCUUAAACAACUUAGCAGUCCACAGUUAGCCACUCUGAGACGCUGGAAGGCAAUAAAGCUUUAUCUUACAUGUGAAAGGGGACCUUGGGCUGAAAGGAAACAAAAUCCACUUCACUGGAAGCUAGCUAAUGUAGAAAAUUAUUCCCGCAUGAGACUUAAAUUGGUGCCAAAUUAUAACUUCAAAACCCAUGAUGAAGCUAGUGCUUUGAGAGAUAAUCUAGGUAUCCAGCACUCACAGCCUUCCAGUGAUUCACUGCUUUUGGAAGUAGUGAAACAAGUAAAAGUUAGUGAUAUGGAGGAGGAUAAAUUAGAUGUUCCUGAAGAGGAAAUAACAGCCAGAGUAAAUAUCGAUGAGAAAGAAGAACAGGAUCAAAAAGAAAAAUUGGUGUUGUCGGAAGACUGUGAACUCAUUACAAUAAUUGCCAUAAUUCCUGGCAGAUUAGAAAUCACUACUCAACACAUUUACUUCUAUGAUGGCAGCAUUGAAAAAGAGGACGGAGUAGGCUUUGAUUUCAAGUGGCCUCACUCUCAAGUUCGAGAGAUUCACCUACGACGGUACAACUUAAGGAGGUCAGCCCUUGAGAUUUUUCAUGUUGACCAAUCCAACUACUUUCUCAAUUUCAAAAAAGAGGUUAGGAACAAAGUAUAUAGCAGACUGUUGUCACUUCAUUCUCCAAAUAGUUAUGGAACCAGAUCACCACAGGAGUUAUUCAAAGCAUCUGGAUUGACACAGAAAUGGGUAAACAGAGAGAUAUCAAAUUUUGACUACCUCAUUCAAUUAAAUACAAUGGCAGGACGAACCUAUAAUGACCUUGCGCAGUAUCCUGUGUUCCCCUGGAUUUUACAAGAUUAUACUUCAGAAGAGUUGGAUCUUAAUAACCCAUCUGUAUUUCGAGAUCUAUCCAAACCAAUUGGGGUAGUUAAUGAUAAAAAUGCCAAAGCCAUGCGAGAAAAAUAUGAAAAUUUUGAGGAUCCUAUGGGAACUAUUGAUAAAUUUCAUUAUGGUACUCACUAUUCAAAUUCUGCCGGGGUUAUGCACUAUCUUAUUCGUACAGAACCAUUCACCACCCUCCACAUCCAGCUUCAGAGUGGAAGGUUUGACUGUGCAGAUCGACAAUUCCAUUCCAUCCCUGCUACCUGGCAGGCUCUCGUGGACAAUCCAUAUGAUGUGAAGGAACUUAUUCCUGAAUUUUUCUACUUCCCAGAAUUUUUGGAAAAUCAAAAUCAAUUUAACUUGGGUCGUCUACAAGUUUCCAGAGAACUAGUAAAUGAUGUCAUUCUCCCCAAAUGGGCUAAGUCAGCUGAAGAUUUCAUCUAUAAACAUAGGAAAGCUCUGGAGUCUGAAUAUGUUUCUGCUCAUCUUCAUGAAUGGAUAGAUCUGAUUUUUGGCUAUAAACAGAGGGGGCCAGCUGCAGUGGAGGCACUCAAUGUUUUCUAUUACUGUAGUUAUGAAGGAGCUGUGGAUCUGGAUGCCUUAACAGAUGAGAAGGAAAGAAAAGCCUUAGAAGGGAUGAUUAACAAUUUUGGGCAAACACCUUGUCAACUGUUAAAGGAACCACACCCUUCUAGAUUAUCAGCAGAGGAAGCAGUGCAGAAGCAAACCAAAACAGACACUUCAACUUUUAACUUAUUUCAGCACCUCCCUGAACUCAAGUCAUUUUUUAUAGAGGGAAUUAGUGAUGGUAUUCCACUAAUAAAGGCCAUUGUCCCCAAAAAUCAGUCUCGUUCUUUUAUUUCACAAGGCAGUCCUGAGUUACUGAUAACAGUAAGCAUGAAUUACGUUAUUGGAACCCAUGGAUGGCUGCCUUAUGACAGAAACAUUUCUAAUUACUUUACAUUCAUCAGGGAUCAAACUGUGACAAAUCCAAAAACUCAGCGUAGUAUGAAUGGACCUUUUGCUCCAGGGCUGGAGAUCACUUCUAAGCUAUUUAUAGUAUCACAUGAUGCGAAGUUGCUUUUUAGUGCUGGACACUGGGAUAAUAGCAUUCAAGUGAUGUCACUUACAAAAGGCAAAAUUGUUUCACACAAUAUCAGACAUAUGGAUAUUGUGACUUGUUUAGCUACAGAUUACUGUGGAAUACAUUUGAUUUCUGGUUCCAGAGAUACUACAUGUAUGGUAUGGCAGAUAACCCAACAGGGAGGUGUUCCUGUGGGCCUAGCAUCUAAACCGUUUCAGAUUCUGUACGGACACACUGAUGAGGUAUUGAGUGUUGGCAUCAGCACUGAGCUAGACAUGGCAGUGUCAGGAUCAAGGGAUGGCACUGUGAUUAUACAUACCAUUCAGAAAGGUCAGUAUAUGCGGACUUUACGACCACCUUGUGAGAGUUCUCUGCUCUUGACCAUUCCCAAUUUGGCUAUAUCUUGGGAAGGACAUAUUGUCAUCUACUCCAGCAUUGAAGAAAGUACCACCCUCAAGGAUAAGAAUGCAUUGCAUUUGUUUUCUGUAAAUGGCAAGUAUCUGCGGUCUCAAGUCCUGAAGGAACAAGUAUCAGAUAUAUGUGUAAUUGGAGAGCACAUUGUCACAGGCAGCUUACAAGGAUUCCUGUCCAUAAGAGAUCUCCACAGUUUGAAUCUCAGCAUCAACCCAUUAGCCAUGAGAUCGCCUAUCCACUGUGUUUAUGUAACCAAAGAAUAUAGCCAUAUUCUUGUAGGAUUAGAAGAUGGCAAAUUGAUUGUCGUGGGUGUUGGCAAGCCAGCUGAGAUGCGCUCAGGUCAGCUUUCUCGAAAAUUGUGGGGCUCUAGCAAGCGGCUCAGCCAGAUUUCAGCUGGAGAGACUGAAUAUAAUCCUCAAGAUUCCAAGUGAUUGUUAUUUCUGCCUUCUGUCAUGGAUAACUGAAAUUUGAUUUAUUGCUUUGUCACUUUAAUCUGUGACAGAUUAAAUGUGACAUUAAAUCACUUUAAUGUCACAUCUCUCAACUAUCUUAAAUGUUUCAGGGCUGUUAUCCCUGAAAAUCAUUUAGGGAUUACCAAAAUUUGGUAUCAUAUGUGUAUAAAGUCGUAGGUUAUAUUAUUUUUAUCCACUAAAAAAAUUUCUGGUUAACAUCGCUGAAUCUAUCUUAUUAACUAAUUCUUGGCCUACACUAAGAUGAAUUUGAGAAAAUACAUUUGAUUAGAUUUAGUAGUUUAUUCCUAAAGAUCAUUAGAUCCAUUUAAAAAAAUAAACUUCUAAAAAUAAAGAAGCUAAAUUCAAUUUGCUUAUUCUAAACAGCAAAAGUUGAGGUAUUUCUAAUAAAAGAGUAGCGAUAAUGGGACAGUUGAGAGAUAUGGCUUUUAAUACAUUCUUUAGUUAAUUAUUCUCCUAUUUACUGAAUAAAUCAUCCUAAAUACAUCAAUUUUAUUAUGGAACUUCUGAUUGGAGGUAAUAUUUUAAAAGCAUCUGUUGCAUACUUGGAUUUUUAAAACUCAGUAUAAAUUACAGGUUUUCAUGAUAAGUUGAAAACAAGACUUUUGAAACUGGUACAUUGGCUCAUCCCACUAAUACUUAGCAUAGUACUAAUGAGAAUUUAUUGCAAUGUAUUAUUAUCCUUAAAUAAUAAAUGUUGAGUAGGAGUAAGAGAAACUAGAGACACAUUUUGUGGAUAUAUUUCAUUAGUAGUAGAGUUAAGGAAAAAUGCUCAUUAUGAUUUUGACAGCUGGGUCCUUUAAGUAGCAUCUGCAGCUCAAUUUAUAUGUGCAAAGUACAAAAUUUCUUGGCUUUUUCUUUAUUAAACACUGUGUUUUCCCCCAAUAAUUAUUGGAGUUGGCAAUGAUACCCAAAUAUAUUACAUUUUUACUUAUUUCAUAUGAUUGAUGAAUGAACUGAAAAGAUAUGCAUAACUUAAACUAGUCAUUUGGAUAUAGUAAUUUUUUUAAAUACACGUUUCUAUUUCAUGUUACGUAUAACUUUCAGGAUUACAAUUAAUUUUAUUAUACAUAGCUAGGUGUUACAUUAUGCUUUUAAACUAAAAGGCUGAUAGAUUUAUUUUGGAAUUCAAAGAGAUUGUUAAACUUUGUACUUUCAUAAGGUCAUAUUUUGAGUUAGAAAGCUUUUACAACUACGAGUGUCCUUAAUCCGAGAUUCCACAGGUUGGGGGGAAUUUAUGAAUCCCUUAAAAUUGGUGGAAAUUCUGUAUGUUAGCUGCAUUUUUUCUUUUUUUUUCAGGAAUGAAUGUUUGGGUGGCUUUAUUAAAAGGGUCUGCGAUUGGGGGGAAAAAAAGACUUUUUACAACAAUACCUUGUAAAAAUAAUAAUAUUCUUUUUUCUACAAAUUAUAGAUUUCCUUAUAUCCAAUUGUCUUCUCAAUUGAAUCUUUGAGAAAUUUUUCCUUUGCAAUCCUCUCCUGUUGCCCAUGGUAUCUAGUACCCUCUUCUUUAUAAUCGUAUGAGUGAGUACAAAAUUUAUGAGAAGUAAAGGAUUUUGUUUAGGGAAAUUUUUUGAUAGAUUUGAUUGGCUUGACUUAUAAAAAGUUAUAGAAGAAUUUUCUUUCCAGUUAUUUAAAAUUCUCUGUUUUAUUCAGUAAAAACCCAUUAUGUUUUAGGUAAAUCACACUGAAAUAAACUGAUGCAGCAAGUGUUAAGUAGGACAUAUGCAAAUGUGAAGGUUUCCUUUUUGAGGACUUCAGUAACUAGUGGUGAAAAUGUCUCAAAACAAGUCAAUAGAGAUAAUUAUCAUAUAUUAAGAUUUAUUUCUUCUGUUAGUUUUUUCAUUCUGUUUUCAUUUUUUAUCUUAUAUAUUUUAGGAAGUUUCAAGUCAAGAGAAACAAAAUGAUGGGGCUUUGGUAUUUUAAAUGUUUAUUUUUAAAAAACUUUCUAAAUCAAAACUUUGGAAACAUUUCUUUUGCCUAUUUAUUUAGAGAUUUUGGUGUAAGGAUGUUUAUUUUUAAGGUCACUUAAUAUUGGUUUUGGAAGUUAUUUUGGAUGAUUAUAAGUUACAAAAAAGUUUAACUUAGAUUAUUAGGGGAAAAUUCCUAAAUUUUUGGUAUUUUACUUUGCUGCUGUUUAGAUGGAGGAGCUAAACAAGCAGUAUUUAUUUUAUAGCACAAAUAUGAAGAAGUUUUUUUCACAGUAGAUACCCUACUUAGAGUAAUAGUAGAUGUUCAGAGCAGUGGGAUUUAACCCUUAUAUAAUAGUUUCCAAAAAGUGAAAACCAAAAAUGUAAAAUUUUUUUUUUUUUUUUUUUUUUUUUUUUUGCGGUACGCGGGCCUCUCACUGUUGUGGCCUCUCCCGUUGCGGAGCACAGGCUCCGGACGCGCAGGCUCAGCGGCCAUGGCUCACGGGCCUAGCCGCUCCGCGGCAUGUGGGAUCCUCCUGGACCGGGGCACGAACCCCUGUCCCCUUCAUCGGCAGGCAGACUCUCAUCCACUGCGCCACCAGGGAAGCCCCAAAAAUGUAAAAUUUUGAGGAAAAUCUUUGAGAAUAUUAGCAACAGUCUAGAAGAAUGGAACUUAAAGUUUGUUAAAUAAGCAAAUAUAGUAGUAGCAUUGGCUGAAUAAUUCCUCUUUUAAACAGUUUAGACCACUGAUUAAAAGUCACUAGAUAAAAAUCACUCUAAAGAUAUACCUUGAGGGAUUAUGGUGUAUUUACAUGUUACCCAUAGAAAUUAUUUCUGUAUUGUAUAAUGGGAGAAAUGAACAGUAUCAUUAAAGUGCAGUAACAGGUGGACGUUUCAGAUGAUGAAUAUAAUAUCUCAACUUAGCUGUUAUAUGAAGUGUGUUGUCUUUGAAGAACUUUUCAUCUGCUUUUGUUUCUUGACACUCGUGAUGGAAAUAAAAAUGUCAGCAUCCUGAUGAUGUGGAGCAAUUUAUACUAAGGAGAUGAUUUUUUUUUAGAAAGUGAGGUCAAGUAUUAAAACAUACAAUAGAGGUACUCAUUUAGAGAAUAAAGAAACUUUAUAAUAUUUAUUUUUUCAACUCUUCCCAAUCAGUAUUCUGUCAUUACUUAGAUAAAAUUGGAGGAGAGAAGAAAAAAUAGAGUAGGGCAUGAAUGAAGCUUGGCCAGUUGUUUAAAAUCUUAUAAGCCUGUGAAGCUCAUAUCAUCUCUGAAUCAGUUUCUAUUAGUUUCCUUUAGGUCACAGUGCUUUUUCAGGUCACAUCCUUUUGUAGGAGAGAAAAUGCCAAGUAUUCAUUUGUCAUUAACAAGGAAUAACAGUGAGGCUUCCUUUUUUCUCUGUGUAAGACAUAUAAAAAUUAUCCUUCCAGAACUAUUAUUGAAAAUCAGUUUAAUUCUUCUGAAGGAAUAAGUGUGCCCUCAUAAUUCGUUAGAAUUUAGAUUUGAAAGUUAAAUCUUUACCGAAGAUUUUUUUGUAUUUUGCUUUAAUAGGAGUAAGCAGAAGAAAUUGUUAACUUAAUGCCCUAAUUUUAUUUAAUGAUGACACAUGACACAUGGCCUUUGCCUUUAAGUAUAUUUUAUAUUGCUAUUACUAAAGAAAUCACUACUGGAAAUCUUUUAAUUGAAUUUAAAGAGGUCAGCUCCUUUUAUAUAUUUAUAUUUAUAAAGUGAAUAGCAUUGUCUUUAUCACCUUUCCAAUGAAAAGAUGCAAGUGCAUG